AGAACUUACCUUCCGGAAAAGCUAAAAAGGUAGCAAAUAUCUGAUCUACCAUCUACUGCUCGAGGAGCUGGGCUGAAGGAUCCGCCUUUGCGCCUAUGCCCGCGUAUAAAAUCAGCAAAGCUGCCCUCAACGCGCUGACUGUGCAAUACGCACUGUCAUAUACAGAUGAGGGCUUUACAUUUAUGGCAAUUCAUCCAGGGUGGCUACGGACGGACAUGGGUGGCCAAGAUGCUGAUCUCUCGGUCGAGGAAGGGGCUACGGCUGUCUGGGAGAUGGUCUCUUCCUGCAUUCAAACACAAAAUGGCCAAUUCAUGAACAUUCACAUUCCUGGAUCUGAGAGAUAUACUGUGGGUAUCAUCCCCUGGUAGGAAGGCAUAUAAUAGACCUUUUUCUGUUUUAAUCAAUGAUCUUGUAUAUAUCGCACUGGUGAUGUUCCAACUCACCCACCAUCAAUGAUUAGAACCC